AUGGAAUGCUACGGCUGCUACCAGACAUUCAAAAAGUUCUCUGGGAUGAUGAUACACCUGGAAUCUGGGAACUGCGAGUCGGAGGUGACCGCGGAUGAAAUUGAUGAAAUUGCUCACGACUGUUUCCAAAGCCGGAAGUAUAUUGAUGACGAUAUUGAAGGUGGAGGAUGGACUUACCUUUCGGCGCUUUACCAACAUGCAGAAGACGCCGGUCUCUGCUCUCAUUCAAUGAAGGGACAAGGUUGUCUGGCGAAAUUGGAACGUUUCAUUGCUAGUCGUCUUCGGUAG